CCGAGGGCAACGGAGUCGUCUCGAUGCGCAAGUUCCUCAAGCAUAUGAACUUGGCGUGGCCCGACGAGGAAGCUCCGCAAGGCGGCAACGCCACCGACCUCCUGGAGCUGUUGGUCACGUUAUCCAUGAGGUGGGACGUGAACGUGCUCUUCUCGUACUCCGUCAGAUCGCUUAGCAAGGAGAAAGGAGCCAUCGUGCUGGGCUUUGCGGCGCCGCUUAUACCGGGCAGACUGACGGACGCGAAGAAGUCGCUCUACGAGAAGCUUAUUGUGAGCCUCGCUUUCCUGUUCGGCAGAAGAAGCGAGUACAACGACUUCGCGCGGCGCCUCGUGGCCGUGGAGCAGGACAUCGCGCGCUUGAGGGACCAAGACCACGUUCUCCUCACGUACAUGGUGAAGGAUCUGGGAAACCUGUGCGCCGACUUUCCGUGGCAAAAGUGGAUGUCUGCGUUGAACAAAAACCUUCCGCCUCAGGCGGCACUGACGGCGCAGAAGUCGGUAAUCGUGCGGCACCCUGCGUACAUUGGGCGGCUGCUGACGUACUUUCUCGGCCACGAAUAUCCGGAAGACAUCAAGGCAUACCUGGCCUUUCGAGUGCUGCUCAGGUACGGCCAGGCGAUCUACGACAUCCGCCACGUCCAGGAUAUUGUUCUGCACGCCGAGAAGGACGUCCCCGCCGAUGAAGUGAUGCGGACGUGUCAGCAGUGGCUCGCCGACCUGAUGCUUGACACCUGGAACUCGUUCGUCUCCCAGUCGCUGGCCAAGCGCGCAGACAUCGAGCGGCUAACGCAGCUCGUGUCGGACAUCAAGAACGUCUUUUAUCGCCGCGUUCGCCGGGCCGAGUGGAUGGAUGCGGCCACAAAGAACAUAUCUGUCCAGAAGGCCCAAAACAUUGCCUUCAGCAUACCGAGCUUCGAGAAGACCACCGCCCUCGACAAAGCGUACGAGUCGCUCUUGUCGGACGCGCGCGGCGGGAGCAGCUUCCUGGACUUGGUCAUACGGCUGGUUGAGCUCAACCACGAGAGCGACGAGCUGUCCGUGUACGGCGUCAUCGGCCGCAGCGAUUCGGCCACGGUGCACUCCAGGGUCAACGCCAUGUACGUGUACAGCCUAAACGUCGUCAACGUGAACGCGGCGCUGCUGGCGCUGCCCUUCUUCGCUCAGGGCGCGCCCUUGUCGGUCACGUACGGCAGCUUGGGCGCCAUCGUGGCGCACGAGAUUAUCCACGGUUUCGACGUGAGCGGCCGCCUGUACGACGAGGUGGGCAGCUUCGAGGACUGGUGGAGCAACGCAACCAACGCCGCGUAUCGCGAGGCGAGCGCCUGCUUCGUCGAGCAGAUGCGAAGCCUCGCCACCUCGGAGAACGCAGGCUCGGUAACGCUCGAAGAGAACACCGCCGACAACGGUGGCGCCCGCUGUGCGUACGAAGCGUACGUGCUCGCGGCAGAGCGAGCCCUCAACGUCGUGCAGCUGCGCGGGCUGGAGGCGUUCGAGGAAGAGCAGCUCUUCUUCGUCGCUUAUUGCUACAAGUUCUGCGGCAUCGAGCGGCCUUCCUCGGCGACGCGGCAGUUGGCCACGCACCCUGCGGACAAGCUGCGCUGCAACGUGCCGCUCCUCAACAUGCCCGAGUUUGCGACCGCGUUUGAGUGCGAGCCCGGAGCGGCCAUGAAUCCGGCGCGUAGGUGCACAGCUUGGUAGGACGGCG